GUGUGACCUCUGCUGCCUGUCUUUCCGAACCCACCGCGGUAUGUUACGUCACAAUGCCGGCGUUCACAAGCUGCUCCCCCAAGACCCCAGCGGUCGCCCCUUCAUCCAAAACAACCCUUCCAUCCCCACGGGAUUCAACGACCUGGCCUUCAUUGACUUCUCCUGCAAGAAGUUUGCUCACAUCGCGCAGGUCUGGUGUGAGACAAACCUCCGUCGCUGUAUCAGUAAGUUUCAUCGGUUCGUCUGUGAUUGCUGUGACAAGGCGUUCCCCCUGCGCUCUGCCCUGGACCUCCAUAAAACCACCUCCCACCCAGACAAACCCACUGACGCAGAGGAAAUGGAGGACGAAGCAGACGAUGAAGCUGCAGAAAACGGUGAUGACAACGACAGUGAGGAUGUUAAGAAGGAAGUCCUGCCCUUGGAGCAGGCCAGCUUCUUGGAAGCGUUGGGUCUUCAGCACAUUUCUACGGUGAAGUCCGGUCCUACUGACGAUGAGAUCCAUCAGGCGCACCUGGACAGCAUUAAGGUGAUCCACGUGGAGCCGCCAUCCUCCAGCCUUCCCCAAGAGCCGGCCUCAGCGUACCUCUCCGGAGGUCUGGGGCUGACUUUGGGGCUCGGUGUGGGUGGUCUGGCUGCCCUCAGCAUCCCCCUGCUGGAGGCCUCUGGCUCCGCCUCCGCCCUGCAGGGCCUCUCCCAGCGAGAUGCCCUCAGCCUGCUCUCCCUGCAGCCCUUCCAGACCGGCUUCCUCCUGCAGCCUGACGGGGGCGCUGCAACAGGUAGUGCAGCCUCAUCGGGGGUCAAACCCGGAGAGGCAGGUGGAGCCGGGAUCAUGGAGCUCGCUGACAUCCAGCAGAUCCUCAAAGUGGCGAGCGCAGCACCGAAUCAGAUGGGACUGUCCCUCCCACCUCUGGCCAAAGCUCCAGGAUUUGCUGGAGGUGCUCAAGGUCAAGUCCAGGGUCAGAAGGCAAUGCCUCCGUUAAAGCCCAAACCUCCCAUCACCCCCCGCUCCAGCCUCACAGCGACGACUCCGCCCCCCCUCCAGAGCUCCCAGCAGGCCUCACUGGGCUGCAUCAGCCCCAGCCUGCCACCUCCCACCCCGACUCUCUUCAAAACACCCUCCUCAUCCUCAUCAUCGUCCUCUUCAGCUGGGAAUGGAGGGCAGUUGGAUGCAGAGUGUAUGGGUGACGCUCACACGCCUUUGUCUGAUUCGCCGCCAGCUGCUACAACAGCAGUACAUGAGGAGGCGGGGCUUAGCGGGAGAAAGCCAGGAACCAAGGGGGGAAACAACGCCAACGCUGGCUCGGCUAAAGGCUCGUUCCCAUGCCGAUUCUGCGACCAGGUGUUCGCCUUCUCCGGCGUCCUGCAGGCUCACAUGCGCUUCCACCUCGGCAUCCUUCCCCACCAAUGCAACAUCUGUGACUACGUGGCUCCAGACAAAGCCACGCUGAUCCGACACCUGCGGACACACAGUGGCGAGCGACCCUACGUCUGCCGGGUCUGCCAUUAUCCUUUCACUGUCAAGGCCAACUGCGAGCGCCACCUCAGGAAGAAGCACGCCAAGACCUCGAGGAAGGACAUUGAAAAAAACAUCAAGUACGUCACCUCCACCACCACAGCGAACAUCGCAGCCGCAAUCACCGCUGCAACAACCACCGGACAGGACACGGAGACGGGAGCUGAGACAACGUGCCGGUUCUGUGGCGAGGACCUGAAGACCUACCGGUCUCUACAGAUCCACCUGCGUACACACAACGGCUGCCAGAGGAAGCCAUUUGAGUGCCGGCGGUGCGGCGCUGCCUUCCUGGCUAAACGCAACUGCAUCCACCACCUGCUCAAGCAGCACCCUGAGGUGCAGGAGAGGGAGAUCGAAGAGCAUAUUGCCACACUCCUGCCUGCCAACGUGCCCGCUGCUACCGUCGCCUCUGGUCGGGCUACUGCAGUGAACCAGAUGGCGCUGAACGGGAUCAGUCAGCCUCCGAUUCAGGCAGUGAAAGUGGAGGAGCUGGCUAACGUGAUUUAUCCUACAGAACUGGACCAGCCACUUGACUUCUCCGCCAAGGGUCGUGGAUCCGGCAGCCAGUCGGGGUCUCCUGGGGUCAAACUGGAGAGCGUCUCCCCCAGCUUCGACUGCUCCGUCCUGGACCAGCCCAUCGAUCUCUCCAUCCCCAGCAAGAGGCAGAAGAGGGAGGCAGCCAGCGCCGGAGAGAAGAGGGAGAUCAAGACGGAACAGAGCGGCAGCAGCAUCGUCGACCAGCAGCACGCUCUGGCUUUGUCAAAAGAGGAGAAGACGGCGAGCACCCUGCCUCCUCUACACCCUCACCCCCAACUCGGCUGCUACCAGCUACCCCCCGGAUCCACCCCGCCCCCCACCUCCCUCCCCAACCUCAGCAACCAACUCAGCACCGAGCCCAGCGCCUCAAAACUGCCCAACCAGCCUCCUCUACCUCCUUCCUCCUCACCCUCCAAUGCCCUCAAGGAGCUCCCUCCUCUGCCUCCAUCGCAACAGAUUCAUCCCACUCUGUCUCUUGGAGCUCCAGACCUGCCGAAGAGAGAAGGCCCCGUCAUCACUAGGGAGGUAGCCCAGUCGAGGUGCGUCCUCUCAGGCCAGAUGUCUGCUACAGAGGCCCCGGACCCUCCGCUGUUUCCGGACACCGAAGUGAGGACGCGUUCUGAGGGACCCUCCAGAAAGCGGACCAGGAAGAAGCCUGCUGCCCUGGCAGUGAAGGAGAAGGCCGUAGUAAGCAGUGGCGGCGGAGGUGGCGGCGGCGGCAUCGACCUGGAGUCCAGCGGGGAGUUCGCCAGCGUGGAGAAGAUGUUGGCCACCACUGACGCCAACAAGUUCAGCACCUACCUGCAGACCGGAGCCGCAGACCUGGGAGGAAAGAGAGAUGCUGACAGAGCAGGAGGAGGGGAGGAGAAGGAGGGAGGAAUGAAGGAGGAGGUAAAGACAGCAGCGGUGGCGCCGCAGUCCAAAGGAAAGAAGAACGCCUACUCCAACUCUGUCCAGAAGAUGACCUGCCCCUUCUGCCCCCGAGUGUUCCCCUGGGCCAGCUCUCUGCAGAGACACAUGUUGACACACACCGGCCAGAAGCCUUUCCCGUGUCCGAAGUGCGACGCCUUUUUCUCCACCAAAUCUAACUGUGAGCGCCACCUGCUGAGGAAACACGGUGUGACCCACCGAACGCUGCGACGCAACGGCGCCCUCGCCAAGAAAGACGGCGACGAAGGUUCGCACGAGAGCGCAGAGAGUCAGUCGGAGACGGAGCAGGUAGCUCCAGAAGCACAAGAUCUCAGCGCCUGUGCAGACUCCGGCCCCGCCCCCACAGCAGAUAGCCCCACCCCAUCAGACCAACAGGAGGCGGAGCCAAUGACGCCGAGCCCCACCCACAAGCCAAGCCACGGUUGCAGUCCAUCUGAAAGCGUUGCAGAGCAGCAGGAGACAGAAACCACAGAGCAGCCGGACCAGCAGAGGGCGCCAGAGAGCAGAGCAGCACAGGGAAAACAGCCUCCACUGAGCAGCAGCAGCAAGGCGGAGAGCGCUGACGACGACGACUGCCACAGCAACAAAAGUCUGGACCUUAACUUCGGCAAAAAGCUCAUCGACUUCAAGCUCUCCACGUCCUCAGGCCCCGCUCAGGAAGAACAACCCUCCUCUUCAUCCUCUACCUCUGCUCCCCAAGCAGCAACAGAGAGCCAAGAGAAGGAGAAAGGUGCUACAGCCUCCUCCUCCUCCUCCUCGUCCAGCAGCUCCACGGUGAAGCAGCAGCCGGAGUACAAACACGUAUGCCGAGUGUGUAAGAAGAGCUUCCGCUACGCCACCACCCUCGCACGCCACGAGAGGGCGCUCCUCUCCGAGGACACGCCGGCGCCGGUGGAGGAGAACCCGCUGGUGAAAGAGGAGGCGGCGGAGAUCAACGCGGCCAAAUCAACGGAGGAGGAGAAAGACGAGGAGCUGAAAAAGGAGGCGGAGAUCGAGGAGGAGGAAGGAGGGAGGGGAGGCGAGAGCGAGGGAGGAGAGAGCGGGGAGUCGGAGGAGGAGGAGAAGGAGAAGGAGGAGAGGAGUGACGAGGAGGCGUCGGAACCAAAGAGUUUAGAGGGAGGAGAGGCGUCAGGAAGACGAGUGGACAAGAGGAAGAAGAUCUGUAACGUCUGCGGCAAAAGAUUCUGGUCUCUGCAGGACCUGACCAGACACAUGAGGUCACACACAGGUGAGCGGCCCUACCAGUGUCAGACCUGCGAGAGGACUUUCACCCUGAAGCACAGCCUGGUUCGCCACCAAAGGAUCCACCUGAAGCCCCGCGGAGCCGACGGCGGCUCGGCCGGGAACGAUGAUGCAAGCGAGGACGGAGACUCCUGCACCCCGACCCCGACCUCCACCUGCCCGCCCUCGGAGAACGAGAGCGAGUGUGGUAGCGCCGCGGCCGGGGCCAAGGAGCUGGAGGAGGAGGACGUGAAAGAGGAAGGCGAGGAGGGCGACGGAGCAGAGUCGGCCACGUUGGAGGAAGAAGCGCCGACCGCCGUCGCUUCUGAAGAACCGGCCGCUGAGGAAAAACACGAAGUAUCAGCGAACUCUGCUGACGCGACUCCCAGCCGACAAGCUACUGACACAAAGAGCGACGACUCCUCAGCCGACUCCAACGUCUCCAAAGACCCCUCCCCCUCAUCCUCCACCUCCCUGCCGGACGAGCCCGCGGCAGCUGCCCCCGCAGAGGGCUUCAUCCAGGGGCUGCUGGAGAUCCACGCCGAGCCCCCUCUGGAGCACAUCCUGCCCAACGGAGAGCCUCCUCUGGUGGGGGUAGACUGAGGGGAAUGUCCCCCGGCUGGCUCCACGCUGUCCAAACUAACGUCACCACAGUGCCAUACGACGGGAAGACGCUACACCAUUGAUGAUGAUGAUGAUGAUGAUGAUGCAAAAACCAGCCCGGAACACUUUUUUGAUCGAAAGAAAGACGAAAACCUCGUUUUCUUGAAGUGCCUUACUACUAGUCCUACUUCUAAGAGAUGUUUUUUGCUAUAUCUUUAUCUGCAUUAUUACGGAGGAUGGAUCUAAUUUUUAUAGCUUUUUAUGAUGACAAUGAUUUGCAUUACUAUUUUUUUGUGCGGGGAAUCUCUAUUUCAGCAAUAAAAAGAAUAAAGUUUUGAUUUAUUAUUGUUCUAGAUUCUGUUUGAGAAUUGAUGAUCAACUUAGGAGACGCAGAGAGACAGACAGAGACUGAGACGGACUGUCGGUAUCUGCGUUUAUUCUUCUGUAUUUAAAUCACAGCUGGGCUCCGGACACGCGGCAGAGACUGAAACAGUCCAGUUUUAAGAUCUGAACCAGCUUCGGAUUUGAGAGCGAACUAGUCGGGGUGUGGAACUCGACUUUGUUUUAAUCUGCCAGCCACAGCGGCUUUCUACAACUCACCAGCCACUCGUCCUGCCUGACCAGGCGUUGAGAUAUUUUUGGAUUAAAUGCAACCUGGAGGUGAUGGCUGGUAGUCGUCUCUCACUGUGUGACAAAGGAAGCUUUUUGUAACUGGAAACCACAGAAAGGCCGGCGCCUCGCUUCCGCACCGAUCUCCGUCUCUCAGCCGGCUCGGAAAAACACACAAAAACAUUCACGAACUUUGUUAAAAGUCGCGUCGGAUUUCUGUGUGGAAAAGAAGUCUUGAAAGGGCGGAUAUAGUGUUGAUCAGUUUGUGUUCUCCAUGUUUGUUUGUUUUUUAAAACCCAUCACACUAUUGAUCCCUUUGAAGCCACCCUGUGAGUUGGUUUGUGUGUUUAAUAAUUUCUCAUUCAUAAUCAUUCUCAGUUGAUUCCAUGUGUGUACAGAGAGUUGAACAUGUGGCACGUGUUGCUAGAGUAUUUUCUGUUGUUUUUGCGUGUGUGCGAUUAUCAGUGACAUUUAGGUGUAGGGAGGGGAAUUCUUGUGUUUUGUGGAUUUUUUUUUUUAUAACUGAACAAAUCAAAACAUUUUUUGUCAUGUGCGUAUGAGUGUUUGCGACUCCCGCCUGUCUCUCUUCAUCGCCCUCUAGUGUUCAUUUAGGGUUUAUUACAGGGCCUCCAGCGUUCAGUUUACCUCAACCUCUGCUUUUUAACUGCAACCAUUAAAACAACAGAUGAGCAGCUCUGUAGGCAACCUUUUAAAUCCUUUGUCUUCCUGAACAAGGCUAGCAGGGUUCAAUCUUUGCUAGCCUUGUUUCCACUGUGGGCCAAAUCAGAGCGAGCCAGGGCUAACUCGUUAGCGUCGCUUCAGACACAGCUAGCCAUGACAAACGUGUUUAAGUUGUUACUGGUUUAGCGUUCACAACGGCCCAACAGAGCUAAGCAUGGCUAACAGUAUCAGCGACAGGUUGUGGCUAAGUCUGGCAACGAACGAGAAAACGGCACAUUAGCUUAGCCUUCCAGUUUAAUUAAAGAGCUAACACUAGCUACCUGUAGUUAUUAGCCACACAGCAAACACAAGGGCUAACAGAUCAGACGAGAUAACCAAGCUACCAGUGCCUUCAUUUGGUUUACUUCAUGUCUCUGGUGUGGUCAGUUAGCUCUAGCUGGCUCUUAUCAUUACCCAUGGAUAUCAACCGCCUGCUCCAGUUACACGCUAACUAGGGCUAACCGACCAGAGCGGACAAGCUGACAGUGGAUUCGCUCAGUAAACUAGUUUGAUGUGGUCAGUUAACACAUUGCACCACAGUUGGUUAACAGCAUUUCUAGCAAGUGGCAGGUCAAGCUAGUGUCCUUCCAGUAUUAUCUCAGUCGGCUCUGGAGCGCUUUAGUACUGUUUGUCCCUGUUCAGCCUCGUCUUCUCCUGUGUCCAUAUGAGGACUGUUUCCUGUUCCAGUCGAUCCAGAGACAAACAGAAGAGCUAAUUAACUUUCACUUUUAUGUGACAUAUACUCCAGCUGUGUUGGUUUAUCAUCAGUCAGGUUAUUAGAUACCUGAAGACGCGGCUAUGAAUUUGGCGUUAGAGACAAUCAGUUGAAAUUUUCAAAUAGAAAACAGAUAAAAGAAAACCCACUCAGUUAAAUCUCAGCAGGAUUUCCAGAAGGAGUUAUAUGACAGGGUGAAAGGGAUGGAUGGAUGGAUGGAUGGAUGGAAGGACAGACGGAUGGAUGGGUAGGUUGGGGGGGUGAGUGAACUGUAUUACCCUGCUGCACACACAAACAAACACAAGUAAAAGGGCUAAUUCUACCCCCUUGCACCAACCGAACCGGACAUUUCCACAACCGGAAAAGGAUCUCGCGACCAGAGGGGACGGGUAGUGUGUAUGUGCGUUUUCUUUUUCGUGUGAAGAUGAAUAUAGCUAAUUUUUCUUCUUGUACGUUUUCGUCUUUCUGUUUUUGUUUUGUUUUUUUAUAAAGCAACCUCAUAAUCAAAACGUAUCGAACCUCAACGGCUCAUAACGGAACUGUAAGGCAACGACGGUCAGUCAGUUUGUCAGUCAAAAAGAGAGGCGAGAAAAAUUGAACAACCACAACUGGACUGACUGGACGCUUGCUGUGAACUGGCACUAACAACUCCCAAAACUACUACUACUACUACUUCUACUAUUAGUACUACUACAGUGGAAUAUCGCGACACAAUCAAGAGAGAGCGAGAGAGUUUCACUAUGUCACGCCCAAACCCUGACACCUCGGUCUGCAGUCCUAAUAUCAAAUCACUGAAUGACCUCGAUAUCUGAGUCUACGGUGUGAAUCUCACAGAGGUUCAGGACUCCACAAGUGUCACGUUUUGAGUCGCAGCACUCAGCAAGAUCGUGGUUGGAGACUAAUCUCCCUCAAUUCAGAAUAAUGUUUCUCCAAUAUGGAGGGUCUUUACUGGCGAUCAACUCCCACGUCAUCCGAAGCCUUUGAUCCAACGUCAACUAAAGUCUCUCGUAUUGUUCGAACACUUCCUGGAACCCAAAAAUAUAUAGAUUUCUAUAUCGUCUAUGAAAACGCUUUUCAUGGGUCGAAGCAGACUAUGUUUUUGAAUCACUAAUUCCUGACUCACCCUUUCCUAAAAACCCUGUGGCUUUAGCUUCCUCCGGAGGUCAGCUCUGUCAGAACGCUUUACUGCUGGCCCAAAUUUCAGCCUCGUAAAAGUCUUGUUGCUCGUCAAACUCCACCAAAGUCGAAUCUGACGUGAAAAAUGUGUAAUGAAAUUAGUUUAUUUCGCAGUAAAAUGUUGCCGUUAUGUGACUGCGCCUUUUACGUUGCUGUCCUCUCUUAAAUGGCAAAGCUUAAUGACGAAACCGCGAAAACAAAACCCGCUCUAACGGCGCCAUCUGCUGGUGAAAGCAGACUACUACUGAAGCUAACAACGUACAGUCGUACGAGAUUCAGAGUACAAAUUAUGAAUUUACACUAUGAGGUAUUAAUCUGAACGUUUGUGAAGAAACUCUCUCUCUCUCUCAACUGUUUUAUGUUUGUUAGCUCUGUCUGUACGUCCCUCUCCCUCGGGAUUAUGCGUUAAUGUACGUCUGACUGUGUGUGCGUGUGUGCGUGGCCAUAUGAAUACUGGACUUCCAUUCGAAUGCACAUGGACUGUUUUUAAAUGUAUUUAUUUGGAGCCCAGUUGUGUGUUUGUGUGCGAGUUAGUUUCUACAAUGACUUGAGAAGAAGCCAUGUAUUAAAAAUAUCACAUUUAUGCUGCAGAACUGUUUUGAGGAACCGAUGGUUUGUGUUGUGGACUAAACCGGCUCGCCGUAGGGCGCGGCGGGCUGGGGUGCGAAUCGGACUAGCAAUAAGACUCCCUCUGAAUCCAAAAAGCUUUAUGUAGAUCUCCUGUAUAUGAGUUGAGAACAGGCUGUCUGGGUCUCUUUGUUCUGUUGUUUUUAGUUUGGCUGAGAAAUGAUUUUUUUUGUUUGUUUUUCUCUAUGACAUAUAAAUGCGUAUAAAACUGUGAAAAUCCAUUGUGUUCAGUUAAAGGGUGAGUUUUAGGUUAGGUUUUUUUGCAUGUUAAUCUAAUUUGUUCAAUUAUGGAUGAUUUCUCCUUUCUCCAUCUCUUAUCGCGCUACACACACACACACACACACACACACACACACACACAUAUAUAUAAAUAUAAAAUAUAUAUAAUCUCGCUCUCAGGGUCUUUCACAAAUCCAUUAUUCGAAAUGCUUCAUGUUCUUAUUUCCUGAGUUGCAACUUGUUCUUUCCAAGUCCUGAUUAUUUUGUCCUUUUUUUUUUUUUAAUGAUUCAGAACUG